CCUGCCACAACCACGAUGCCACUCCACAUGCUACCGGAAGACCUCCUCAUCGAGAUCAUUUCGCUGCUCGAUGUCGCAUCGACACUGACUCUUUCCGAGACUAACUCCACUCUGCGCAACGUGGCGGUCAGCCGCCCAGUGUGGCACGCCCUUACACAGAAGCUGGUGGGCGCUGGUAUGCUCCGGUUCGACCGCCGACAAGCCGUACAUCUGGCGAGCGCAUCCGCCAAGCAGCUCUUAGACUGCGUUCAAGCUCUACUGUGCGGGCCGGCAGUAGGGGACGGUGGGGCGAUUUGGAAGGCGGUCACUGCGCUCGGAAUCGGGCCCGGUUUACAGGCGCACAUGCCGCCCAACGGACUGUUGGUGCUCACCCCCGAGGUCCCCGACGCGCCCAAAUUCCCCUACUGGAGCAGCGUGACGUUGCUUGGCGGGGGCGGGACGCACGUCUUCUUUAUGGGCCGGCAUACCGUCUUCUGUUGGAGCGUCGACGACGACGAACUCGUGUGGUCUCAUGCGCCGAGUACGCCAGCAGAUCGAGCGCGUUCGUUUGCCGUUCGCGUUGUCGAAGGCGGGAGGAAAGCUGUUGUGGUUUUUUGCUUUUAUGAUGCAAAAAGCGUGCUGCUGGCCGAUAUCGUUGCGCUCGACCUGAAAACUGGUGCCGCUGACACAGUGCUGACGGUGCAGCUGCCUGAAUCGCGCGCCUACGUCGGCAUCUCCAUCGCGCAAGGUCGCCCACUCGUGUGUUUCUCCAUCAGCCGUGGGUUCAGCCACGUGUUUGCCAACUGGCAGACACGCGAGAGCUGUAUCAUUCACGCAAAUCCCGCCACGAACCUCUCUAUAACGCUGCUCGACGACACAGACCACGCUGUCUUCGUCGAGACCUCUGUUUCUUUCAACCCUGCCUGCGCGUUGGCCCGCGUCGGGGCGAUCUCCCUGUCUGUCCUGGAGCCGCACUGGACCUCCUCCCUUGACUGCCGUUCAUCAGUAUCCAGUACAAGACACUACUUCUUCGAGCUCCUCCUGGCCAGCUGCGCAUUGAUUGCAAUGCCGUUCAUUCCUCGCCCCACCGCCGCGCCGAUGAACUACCUCUGGGUCCUUCGUAGUCCCAUAGCAGAGCACACCUACCGCAUCUGGGCAUGUAUCCCGUGGGCCAGCAACCCCGCCGAGCCGACCUACGAGAUGUACGCUUUCCGGCUUAGCCUCACUAAUCCGGCCUCGCCAACGCUUGUCCCGCGCCAGCCGCUGGCCCCUACUCCGUCCCCCCAGUUGAUGCAUCACGGGCUUCUGCCGCCCGUCGCGCUCUACUACUCUGGCCACCGCCUUGUGUAUGCACCCUCGUCCGGCCGCCGCCGUGCCUCGCAGUGCUGCGUCCUGCCCCCUGCGGAGACGGCCCCUGCAGGAACUAGCUCCUUAACCCGUGUACAGCCGGUGCUUCAGCUGCCCCAGAUUGAAAGUGUAGUCGAUGCGGCGCCGUAUGCGAAUGGUGUGCUGUACGCAACUUCGAAUGCCCUCCACAUCUGCUACUUCGCAUAG